UUGCACUCUGGCUCAAUAACUGGCAUUUUAUCCCUAAGAAGGUGGACAGGAAGGCAGCCUCAUCAGGAUUCUCCAAGUCGGUGCCCUCCAUACAAAGCUUCAAUUCCUGUCAUUUCUAGGCAGUAGAUGGGGACGGUGAAGCCAGCUUCUUCUACAGGAGGGCAGACCUGAGAAGUCUGGCACAGCUCUGAAAAUGCGCGCUCGCUGAAUACAGUCAAUUCUCAAAUUAUCCUUGCUUCCAACCGCUAGUUGCCACCGGAAGUAGUAAAUCUCGCUCGUGGGCGUCGUUUUUUUUUUCAAUGAGGAACCCCGCACUUAGCUCGGUACGGGAUUACAGCACCGGAGCAACUUUCCCGGCAUCCCCUGUGAAACGAAGGACGGGCGAGCAAGAUCCUCAUUGGAGGCGCCUUGUCUGAUGACGUCACCGAAGCGCGCCGAGAAGCGAAGUUUCGUGCGAGCGGAGGGGGCCUCGGGGAAUCGCGCGGGCGGUUCAGUCGCCGGCCAGCCGCUCUUUUUCCUCCUGCUUCCUGGUCCGCUUCUGAUGUAGGAGACAACAGUUCUGCAGUAAAAGGUGACUGGAACAGACAAAAGGCUGACUGAAGAAACCAAGAUGGAUAAAAAGGCAUUUGAGACAGUUCUUGAUGAAAUUAGAAAGGCUGUUUUGAUGGAUUACAAAUUAAAAGCAAUUGAAUAUGUACAUGGAUACUUUUCUAGUGAACAGAUUGUUGAGCUGCUGAGGUACUUCUCUUGGGCUGAACCGCAAUUAAAAGCGAUGAAGGCAUUACAGCAUAAAAUGGUAGCUGUUUAUCCAGCAGAAGUGGUUAAUAUCCUCAACUGCUUCACUUUUAGUAAAGACAAGCUUAUUGCACUUGAAUUGUUGGCUUCCAAUAUAAUUGAUGCUCAGAAUUGUCGUCUUAUUGAAGACCUCUUCAGAGUUAAUAUGUCUGAGAAGAAGAGAAGCAGAAGAAUCCUUGACCAGGCUUCCAAAGCAGGAUGCAAAGCACCUCAUGCGAUGAUAUCUUCGUGUGGCAUGAUUCCUGGGAACCCUUACCCAAAAGGGAAGCCUAGCCGUAUCAAUGGAAUUUUUCCUGGUUCCCCUGUUAAAAAGGAAAAUGAGGAUUAUUCUAGUGAAGGCAAGGGAAUAGCAGCUCGCAUUCUUGGACCCUCAAAACCAGCUCCAGCAACAUACAAUCCUCACAAGCCUGUUCCGUACCCGAUUCCCCCUUGUCGACCACAUGCAACAAUUGCACCAAGUGCUUACAACAAUGCAGGUCUUGUUCCACUGGCUAAUGUCAUAGCUCCUGGUUUGCCAACUACACCAUCAUAUAAUUCUAGCACUGUAGGAACAGGUAAAGCAGAAAAUGAAGAACUUUCCAAUCAAGCAAAAUCAUCCCAAAGUCAAGCUUUUGCCACACAAAUGAAUCAUCUCUUUGCACCUCAUGGUUCUAAUCCUGCUGCUACUCCAGCCCCAACCCCAUCAUCAGUUAAGGCAAUAAGCCACUCAUCAGCACUUCCAUCUCCAGCUGUGCCAGGGAUAAGCGUGUCCAACCCUGCCUUUCCUGCCUUCUCUGGGCAGGUUAUCUCCUCUAUCCAUCUGCCUCAACCAUCCACUCCCGUUCCUACUGUUGUCAAAUCCCAUUCACUGCCUGCAGUUCCUGCCACAUCUGCUCACGGUGCCAGCACUGCUCCGCUCCCUGCAUCUUUCUCUGGACUGGCUUCUGUGCUGCCUGCCGCUGCAGCACCCCAAGGGCUCUCCACGCUCUGUGCCACCCCUGCACCUAACGAAGCCUUUGCAUCUGCCUCUGCGCCCUUCGCCAGCCUUCCUUUUUCUGCAGCAUCUGUCACUGCCCCAGCUAAUAAUCCUAAUUCAUUGUCAUCUGCUUUUUCUGGCCUGCCUUUGUCCUUGACCCCCAAUCCUCAGGGAGUAGCUAGCUCCAUUUCAUCGACCAUUGCCAAUUCUCCUGCCACGAGUUUACCUUGCCCGGUUAAUUUACCUAACCCACUUUUAUCAGCUUUAAAGGGGUUCCUCUCAGUGAACGAUAGCUCAUUACUCAAUUCAAGUGCUCUGCCUUCGACUGUGACUGCUGAGCUCGCUUCUUUAUCUGGUCUCCUCAGUCAGAACUCCGAAGCCGCCUCUUCAUCCAGUAGCAAAUGUUACACACCAACUGUUACCUCUUCCCUUCAGCAUCUUUCCGCUCCAGGACUCUCCAUUUUCUCAGGCCUCGCCUGUCAGCCAGGAGGGAGCAGUAGUGCCACUUCUCCUGCGUUGUCAUCGCAGUCCCCUUUAACAACAAUGCCAUCAUCCAAUUUGCCGGUCAGCUGUGGCUCCUCAGUGGGUCUUCCGCAUUGUCCAAGCCCUGCCAAUCCCGAACAGCAAGUUUCCUCCACUCCAGCUGCCCCAGCUCUGAUUAAAACCGAACCCACAAGCCCGACUCUUUCAGGCCUCAAAAUCCCAACCCCCAAUCACAGCACUUCAGGCUUGGCAGCCCUCGGGCAUGCCUAUUCCUCAGCUACUUCAUUACCAUGCAGCUUAACUAGUUCCCUCAAUCCAGCACUUCCCGCUUUGACCACUCUGAACACGUCCCCAUCUAUUUCCUCCCACACUUCAUCCACUCCAGUAUAUAAUGCACUUCCUCCUUUCACUUCCUUGACCAACAGUUUUGCUUUUACUGGCAAUCCAGCACUUACUCCGACGGGGCCUCUGUUGUCCAUUCCACCAACAACUACUUCUGCCCCACAUGUCAGCUCCUCAGGCCCCAUUCUUCCGCCACUCAUUGCCACAGCAGCUGCCCCGGCUCCACCAUUCUCCCUUAACUUGUGCAGUGCUGUCUCUUCCCUGUUUUCUGUUCCUCAAGUGCCCCUGGGCUCAUGCAACUCAUCCUUCCCUCCUUUCCCAGUCUCUAACACACCCUCUGUCACUCCCGCUCUCCCUUCUUUCCCUGGGCUCCAGGCAUCCUCUACAGUAGCAGCAGUUGCACCCCUGCCAGCAGCUGCCACAGCCCCAUCUCCAGCUCCGGUGCUGCCAGGGUUUGCCUCGGCCUUUAGCUCAAACUUCAACUCUGCACUUGUGGCACAGGCCGGCCUGACGUCUGGACUCCAGGCCCCUGGAAAUACAGUUUUUCCAGGACUUCUGUCUCUACCUGCCAUCCCUGGACUUGCUCAGAAUGCAACACAGUCUUCCCUCCAAGAACUUCAGCACAGUGCAGCUGCACAGUCAGCAUUACUGCAGAUACACUCUGCUUCUGCUCUAGAAAACUUUGGCUCUCAAUCCGAAGGUUUCAGUGCAUACCCCCCAGCAGCAGGAACAUCUGGAACACCUUUUUCAGUGCAGACAAAUCUUCCGCAGACUGGAUGGCAAUAAUGAACAUCAAUUUCAGCUAUCAAGAAGAAUGCUCUAAAAGUUUAUGAUGCUUCCUUUGGAAAAUACAUUUUCAGUACAUAGAAUUCAAAAGAGAUUCCAAAUGCAGUAACUGUUGCUGAAAUGAUAUCAAAACUGGAUUUUAUUUUUUUACUUUAUAUCAAUGACCCUAGGAAGUUUCACUCCAUUUUUCACAGUACACUCUGGGAUACUUUAAUCCAGGUAGGGUUUUUAAGAUCCAGAAUAACUGAUCACUGAAAAAAAAACAUAUUUGCUGUGAUGUUGGUGUUUUACAGAUUGUUAAAAAUCAUGGCAAUGCAUGAAGUAUAGGUACUGAUUUAAAGAUGUAGAUCAAACUUCCUACCUAUCCCCCCUCCCCCCCCAACUCUUUUUAGCAAUUUAAUCUUAUGCAUCUGCCUACUUUACUUAGGCUGAGCAGAUCUGCACUCCUUUCUGCCUUGUCCUAUAGAAUCAAUUCUAUAUUUUUUUUUCAUUCUUUUAAAAAAUUGAUUAUUCAUUGCUAUUUGCUCUGAUGCAAGUAGCCCUCAACUAAGAAUCCUGAUAGGGACUGGAAAAUUCAUUAUUACAUGGUAAUAAUGCAGUCAUGUGAUGCAUCCAAUUUACAACCUUUUUCAUUAAAUCGUUAAACAAAUCUCCCAUCAGUCAUUGAAACAUCACUUCACUGUGACUUGCAGACUCCUGCAGGUGUCACCAUUUGACUUCGCAAGGAAGGUUGCAAAUGGUGAGCACGUGACUGCAGGACACUGCAGCUGUUACAAAGGCAAGCCAGCUGCGAAACACCCAGAUUGCGAUCGCAUGACUGCAGAGACUGGUUGUAAGUUAUCUUUUCACUGUCAUUGUAGUUUCAAGGAGUUGCUAAACAAACGGUUGUACGUUGAGGACUACCUGUACUUGCUAUUGAAAGUUCUACUACUUAACAAUUUAUCUCAGGCCUUUAUUCCAUCUUUUCCAAGCUGGUACCUUCAGGAUGUCUUGGCAUUUCAGUUUCAGGAUAGCUGCAUUUUUGAAGUGAUAAUUCCAACACACCUGGAGGGUAUUAAGUAGGGAAAGCUGUUUUUACUUAUAUUUGAAAUCUACCUCCCACCAAUAAUUUGUUCAAUCUUCUAGGAUACCAGAAGUCUGCUGUAGAUAUGUAUUUUUUAAUGUGUAACUUCAGAUUAAAUGUAUAAUUUCCUUCAAUCAGUAGGAAAUACAUUUUGUAGAUUAUACUUUAUGUUCCAUAAUAAACAAAUGUUUGUAUCUAAUUCAUGAACAAGGCACUGGUAAUAACACUACUAAUGGGUCUAAUGUACCCCAUCAAAUGCAAUCAAAUAUAUUGAAGAGUUUUGGAUUUGUGAAUCAAGUAUUCACUUUAUUUAUGAGAACAAAACAAAUGCACGUAAUGUCAGAUUUGAAUGAACUUUGUGGUUCCAUUCUGAAAAUUUUAAAUUUUUAAGUAGGUAGAGCUAGAUUUUUACACACUCUUCUAGUAACACUUGUGGGGAAGCCAAAAUAAUUAUAUACAUUUUUUACAUUGGCUUUUUGAAAUUAAGUCCUAUUCUAAUUAUGAAUUGUGCAAUAUAACAUCGUUGCUAUUUUAAUAAAGACUUCUGUACUAUUUCCUAUAACUUCUGGGAAAGUUAUGGCUCUUCAGCUGUUCUACGGGUAGUCCUUGACUUAUGACUAUCAUUGAGCUCAAAAUUUAUGUUGCUGAGAUAUUUGUUAAGUGAAUUUUGCCCCAUUUUAUGACCUUUCUUGCCACAGUUGUUAAAUGAAUCACUAUAGUUAUUAACUUAGUAACACAGUUGUUAAAUGAAUCUGCUUCCCCAUUUCCUGGUUGUCAGAAGGUCCAAAAGGUGAUCACAUGAUUCAGGACACUGCGAUGUUCAUAAGUACAAGUCGGUUGCCAAGCAUUUGAAUUUUGAUCACAUGUCCAUGGGGAUCCUAAGUUUGAAAAAUAGUCAUAAGUCAUUUUUUUUUCAGUGCUGUUAUAACUUUGAAUGGUCAUUAAAUGAACUGUUGCAAGUCAAGGACUACCUGCAUUGUAGCUCUUUUAACAUCCUCUAAUGUUGGCUGUGCUUUUAAAGGCUGCUGGGAGUUAAAAUUCAUCAACAGCUAAAAGACAAAAGCUUCUUCAUCAGCCUUGAUUUAACAUCUGUAGUGAUGAAUAUAACCCCUGCCUCAUAUUAUCUCUUAAAAUAAUUUUGAUCAUAUUUUAGAUUUAUGGUAGAUAUACUUGAUGUUAAAAUUUUAAUGUGAACUUAAUGCACUUUGUUGCAGUGCAUAGCUUAAUGCUUUUUCUAAAGAUGACAGUCUACUGAAUAGUAAUACUAAUGUAGAAAUUUUCCAUAGCUAAGCAGGUGUGGAGAAUGCUAAUAUGUAUAUAGCUGUAUUUUUAUAAUUUUUUAAAAUAAAAUGAAUAGCAGUGAUGUUUCUAAAAUAGACUGAAUAAA